CCACCACUGUGCCCCACAAAUUAAGUUUUGCAGGCCCCUAGCUCCUUCCUUGGGAUAGGAAUCCAGGAAUCCCUUCUUCCUUUAGUACCCAGGACUCAUCCUGGCCAGGUCAUGAUUACCUAGGAGAUCAGCCCACAUAAGGGAGGGUGGGGUGGAGGAAUCCUGGCCAGGCUGGGCAGCCAGGAUGCCUGGGCUCAUUAAGAAGAACCAGCCAGACAGCAAACCAAGCAGCAGGAGUUGUCCUGGGUGUCUCGGCCGCAGAUCCACACUCUGGCAAUGGGGGUCCCCAGGGCCUUUCUGCUCUGCCUCUUUGGGACUGUGCUCUGUCGGACAGGUUCCGGAGCCCUGCAGUGCUACAGCUUUGAGCACACCUACACGGGGCCCUUUGACCUCAGUGACAUGAAGUUCCCCAGUAUCUCCUGUCCCCACGGAUGCUCUGAGGUUGUCCUGUCCCUGGACACUGGGUAUCGUGCACCGGUCACCCUGGUAAAGAAGGGCUGCUGGACGGGACCCACGGCCGGCUCCAUGCAGUCCAACCAGGACGCGCUGCCGCCGGACUUCUCGGUGGUGCGAGGCUGCGUGGGAGACUUUUGCAACAACCACCUCGUGACCCAUGACGUCAUCCCCAACCUGAGUCAAGCACCAGACCCACCGAGGCUCAGCGGCACCGAGUGCUACGCCUGCGUGGGCGUCCACCCCGAGGAUUGCUCUCCUGACAAGGCCCGACGGGUCCAGUGUCACCAGGACCAGAGCGUCUGUUUCCAGGGCAAUGGCCGAAUGUCCACCGGCAAUUUCUCAGUCCCUGUGUACAUCAGAACCUGCCACCGGCCCUCCUGCACCACCAUGGGCACCACCAGCCCCUGGACAGCCAUUGACCUCCAGGGCUCCUGCUGUGAAGGGCAUCUCUGCAACAGGGACUCCGUGACCCAGGCCUUCAACACCCCUACAGCUGCUGCUCCUCCCCGGGUGCCCCACAUCAUGACCCUGGCCCUCCUAGCCCCUCUUCUGGUCAGUUCUCUGGGAGGACCCCUUUGGCUCUCCAUAUAGUUCCUCCGCCCCGGGGAUGUUGGGCAGGGUACACACACCUCCUUCCCCUCACUGCUUCAGCCCCGGCUGGAAAAUGAUGUCAACACAAGAGCAGCACCCCUGUCCCUCUGGCCAUGACCAUCCACCUCCCUCUCCCCCUGCUUGCCUACCACCACCCUGCCCAGGGCUGGUUAGCCAGCCUGGAAGAAACUGGACCCCGUCACCAGCACCCCAAGAGACAGUCACACCCUGCCCCACCGAGGAGCAAUUCUGACAACAGCCAUUACUACAGGAACCUGUGACAGUUUCCCAGGCGCUUCCUCUAGAACCCAGUCACAGUGCUAGGAAGGAUCCAUGAUGCUGUCUCUGUUAAUAUCAUCAGCAGCUCCACACAGUGGCUCAUGGGAGUACCUGAAAUCCCAGCUUACUCUGGAGGCUGAAGCAGGAAGAUCACAAGUUCUUGAUCAGCCUCAUCAAUUUAGCAAAAUCUUGUCUCAAAUAAAAAUUUAAGAGGGUCAGGGAUGUAGCUCA